UGCGCAUACUCGACUCACCGUCGUCAUUCGUAUUGCAAUUUUUCGAGAGUGUAAACGUGUACAUCCGUGAAUAAAAUGAUGGAUUGGGACGUGCUUUUGAUUAAAUUACUUGCAGAAGAAGAAGAGGAAUUUAUAAAGAGAAGAAUAAUUGUAGAGAGAAGAAAAAGAAGAUUUUGGGUAAAUAAAAUUUGGCAGUCAAGAUGUGUAGAUGGUGAAUUUCAUAAAUUGUGUAUUCAUUUGAAAGGCGUAAAAUUUUAUGACUAUUACAAAAUGGAUUAUCAAAAAUUUAAAAAAUUAGUCCAUUUUUUACGCCCGCAUGUCGAAAAAAGAAAAUCUAAAUUUCGUUCUACCAUUUCGAUUGAAGAGAGACUAACUGUAUGUCUAAGAUUCUUAACAACAGGUACCAGUUUCAAAGCUCUGUCUUUCAAUUACCGCAUGGGAUAUAGUACUAUACGAUCAAUCGUUCAUGAAACGUGUGCAGCUAUCUGGAAAAUACUCAGACCUAUAGUUAUGCCUAAACCUACGGAGGUGUUAUGGAAAGCUGUUGAGGAAGAUUUUAAAAAUAUUUGGAACUUCCCAAAUUGCAUUGGCGCUAUCGACGGCAAGCACAUUCGAAUAAGGGCACCUAUAAAAAGCGGAAGUCAGUAUUUUAAUUAUAAAAAGUUUUUCAGUACAGUGCUUCUAGCCGUUGUAGAUGCAAAGUAUAGAUUUGUAAUUGUUGAUAUUGGUGCGUAUGGGCGCAACAGUGAUGGUGGUAUAAUGUCUCAUUCUAAAUUGGGUCAAAAAAUGCAAGGAAACAGGCUAAAUAUACCACGAAAUAAAACUUUGCCUGGAACAAACCAAGUUUUACCGCACGUAUUUGUAGCAGACGAAGCCUUUGCCUUGACGGAGAACAUAAUGCGCCCAUAUCCCGGAAACCAAAUUGAAGGAGACCCGAAGAAAAAAAUAUUUAACUAUAGAUUAAGUCGAGCUCGACGUAUGGUAGAAAGUGCUUUUGGAAUUUUAAGGCAGAAAUUUGAAUUUUUCGAUAGAAGUCUAAGAAUACAGCCUAAAUAUUUAGAUAACAUAAUACUAGCUUGUACAUGUUUGCACAAUUAUAUAAUAGACGGCGAAAAUUUAAGAUACGAGGAUGUGAUAAAUAACUCAUCAAACAGCACAAUUUUUGAAAAUAUCAACGAUAUAUCUCAUGACGAAGAUAGUGCUUUGUUACCAAGGACUACACGAGAAAAAUUUAAGGAUUAUUUUUCAGAAGAAGGGUGUGUUAACUGGCAAAAUGAUAUCAUAGAUACUCGUUUAAAUGUAAUAGUAGUUUAA